CCGACCAAGGAGACGCAUAAAAAGGUCAGCGCGGGGACGCAGGGCACAGUCAACCUGUAGAUCUCUCAUCAGUCAUGAAGCUGUUUCUGUUUCUCGUGUGUGUUGGUACUGCCUCCGCCGUCGCUCUGGAGCCUCGUCCGUUGGCCAUCCUGGAGCCCAUCAACAGCCUCGUCGGCGAGGCGGUCGGCGCCGUCACGGACAUAGUGGGGGGCGUCGUCGGCCUUGCCACAAGCGCCGGAGGCGCUGUGGACCUAGCAACCGACGCAGCAGGUGGCGCCGUAGAUCUAGUUACUGAUGUAGCGGGCGGCGCUGUAGAUCUGGCAACAAACGUAGCAGGCGGUGCAGUCGUUCUGGCCACCGAUGCCGCGGGCGGUGCUGUCAAUCUGGCCACUGAUGCCGCAGGUGGAGCUGUAAAUAUAGCCACAGAUGUUGCGGGAGGAGUUGUGAAUAUUGCCACCAGCGCAGCCGGAGGAGCUGUAAACGUGGCCACCAGCCUCGUAGGAGGUGCCAUAGAAGUUGCCACAGACGUCGCUGGUUCAGCAGUCAGCGUUGCCACGGAGCUUCCAGGCCAUGUUAUUAGUGAAGUCACAAAUUUCCUCUUCACAAGAACGACGACCGUAAAACAGAUAGUGGAAAUGGAGCUAACCACCGUCGCCACCUGCACGGUCGCCGACGCCAACAUCCCCUCGUGCGCCGCCAGGGUUCAGCCGCGGUUCGUCACCUUCGGCCCAACGGCUGUUGCUCCGAGAUUCGAGGCCCGCCCCGAGGCUCGAGCAGUAGAUUUCCUUGAACCUUCCUUCGAUAACUCUCUGGAGGAAACCCCUGGCCGCAUCUUCGGACCACUGCCGCCCCUCGGUCUGUUUACAGUGGUGACCGAGACCAAAACAGAGACGCUGGUCACCGCCACGGUCGACCACCCGUCGGACACCGUGACUAUCUCCGUCGCCGGAUGCCGCCCCGGGAUCUUCGCCUUCAGCGCCUCCGCCUGCGCGCCCUGAGGAAUGUGGUGACGUCAUGGCCGGAUUUGCAAUGGCUUAUGUCUACUGACCGUUUGACAAAAUUAUCAUAAUUGACAGAUUUGGAACUUAUAACAGAGAAAAUUACCAAAAAAAAAAUAUUGACGUUAUUUAUUGGAAGCAAUCUAAAAUCAACUUUUUGACAACUGUAAACGUUUGUGAUUUUAGAUGUUUCUUUAUUUAUAAGAAAUUAAAAAAAUAAAAUACUAUAACCUCUACACCAUUAU